GCCCUGCCGGACAAGAAGUAUUGGGGGCGAAUGAAAAUGUCGUGUGAGAAUUCUUCGGUGGACAGCGAGUACGUUUACACGGAGGACUACAUCAUCACACCUCCAGCCUGCAUAUGGUCGACGCACACUGGACAGUGGGGUCAGCCGGACCAGUUCGAAUGCGUUGACGGCACCUACUGCAGUGAGACGGAUCCUAGCUGCUGUGUUCCGCAUGGUGGACGGAUCAGGUGUCCAGCAAGCACGCCUUUCAUGUGCCACAACCCGUUUGACUGUGCCGACUCCCAGGAACGCUGUUGCAAAGCGACGGAGGAGGAAUGCAAUGAUCACGGCGGCUUACGGACGUGUGAGGUGCCUGCCAAGACGCCGCUGCUGACCCAAGUGGAGUCCUUGGGGCCCGCAUCACUGACCAUAUCCUGGGAGCCGCAAGAGUGCCCCAGGGUCAUCGCAGCGGCAGAGCUGUCCGAAGUAAGGGCUUAUGGAAUGCCGGCAGUGCAUCAGAUCGGCUACUCCAGCUGCCAGUUCCUGGAGUGGCGAGUUGCAAUUUCACAGGUUCACAUCUACGGCGAGGGACAAUGGAUCUGGAUGCGGGAAUGUGACACGCGAGAUUACAACAAGAGGAGCUGCACGAUCGAGAACCUCCGCAGCUUAACGGACUACAACGUCCGGGUGUGGGCCCAGUGUACAGUGGUGGAAUUGAGCUCAUAUCCCAACAGAACGACGGUUGCUGUUGGGACUCGGCCCAUCCCCGCCGUUCCGCCGUCUGCGCUCUUCUGCACAGGCCUGGAGCCGCUCCGCUUCUAUGCGGAUUGGUGGGCAAGUGACCCAGAGGACUGCGAGUUUGUGGCCUGGGAGCUGGAGGCGCAGCUCUUGCCAAGGACGGCAGGAUUCACGGAGGAUGGCCUCUUUGAGGGAGCAGCUCCUGGUGGCGAGUAUGAAACGAAGUGUGUGUUGUACGACCGAGACUUGCGGGAGUGCUGGGUGACAGAUCUGCUUGCGGAUCGGGAUUACAAGAUUCGAGUUAGAGAAACCUGCACCGAUCCCCUGGCCAACAGCGAGUUCUUCGUAAGGUACCAAGAGUGCGCCACACUGACCAUGCCAGCCUUCAAUCCAGAGAAUUUGACCCAUUACAACGAAGACCUCUACACCUUCGAGGUCAGCUGGGAUCCUGGUGAUCCCAAGGCUUGCAUCUUCCAAUAUUGGGAAGUCCAGGUGAAGGUUCAUGUCGGCUUGAACAGUGGCAAAGCCUUCCAAGUGCGGAUGCGCCUGGUCCCCGACGACAGAAAAGCAGGUGAGGCGUGCACAGUGCGGCGACUCUACACGGACUGGGUCUAUUACGAUGAGGUGGUUGAAACAAGACUGCCGGUGCCUGCCUCAAUGCCGGAGAACCUGACGGCCAACUCCACAUCACCAAACCACGACAUCUCCUUUGCGUCGCUGGAUGUCGCGUGGGAUGCACACCCUCCGGGCGAGUGCAUUUUCACAGGCUGGAAGGUGGAGACUCGCAUACAUGAUAGAAAUCUCGAUUGGGAGGAGUCCUCCGAAUGCAGGGCCAACCCUCGUGAGCCCUUCGAGUGCCAAAUCACACAAGGAUUGCUGAGCAACGUGUACUACGACAUGCGGAUAACGGAGACUUGUGUGCGGCUCUCUGAAGUGAAGGUUGAUCCAAAUGCGCUCGGAGACACGCUGACAGUUCUCGACAUUGCACGGACGCGUCCUGUUCCAGCGGUGGCCCCCUUCAUCGUUUCCGUCUAUGCAACAAGUGCGCGGAUCUCACAGCGGGCAGCUGGCCAGUGCGUGUUCGAGGCCUACACGAUGGAGUGGAAGAUGCAGGGGUGGGACUAUUGGCUGCCAUAUGAUGAUUGCACGCCUCGCAGCACGACGACUUGCUCCGUUUCUGGCUUCCCCGCUAGCCAGAGUUACUACACGGUGCGGAUGAAGGAGAGCUGCACCGACCCGAUGGCAGACAGUCCUUGGGUCGAGUGGCCCGACUUCGUCUUGACGUGGCCAGAGCCUGCGCAGAUCCCGAGCAAUUUCACGGCCGUGGAGCUUACUGCGUACAACAUGCCCGGACUUUCACCUUCGAGCCGGGUCUUGGCCUGGACUGUACGUGGUCUUCUUGGGAGGUGCAAAUUCUACAAGGAGAUGCCGGCCCGUCAGAGCCUCGAACAGGGUAAGAAAUCCACGGCCCAGCAUCGUGCAGCCAUGUCCAUCGUUCCCAGCUCGGCGGUGACGCUGGCUGGUGCCGAGCAGGCGGUGCGUGCCGGAAUAGCUGCAGCAGAAAAGUCAGGUUGGAAAGUCGCUGUCGCAAUCUGCGAUGCUGGUGGAAACCUGAUUGCGCUGCAUCGCAUGGAUGGCUGCAUGCCGAUUGGUGCCGAGAUCGCCACGGAAAAAGCUCGAUCCGCGAUCCUCUUUGCCCGGGAGACGAAGCUAUUGGAAGGGGCUGUGAACGGAGAGAAGUCCAAUGGCGGAGAGCGUGCGGCGCUCCUCACGUCCGGCCGUGUCCUCAUGGAAGGUGGAGUGCCCAUCAUCGACCCGAGCCAUGGUCGGAUCAUUGGAGCCUGCGGUGUUUCGGGAGUGAAGCCCAACGAGGAUGCAGCGGUUGCCAAAGAAAAGAGGAGCGUCUUUUGGUGUUUGGCAGAAAUCAUCCGGGAGCGCUUGCUGCCUUUGGAGAAUUUUUUCAAGGCUGGCAACGGAGUGGAUGGACCUGUCACCUGCAGUGUCACCAACCUUCAGAGCUUCACGGUGUAUCAGGUCCGAGUGAGGGAGAGGUGCACGGACUUCAUCUACGACAGUGAUUGGGGCUACUCGGACCCCAUCAUGACAACCAUGCCCGUUCAAGCCGGCGUGCCCGUCGACAUGCGGAUCGUUCCCAACUCCAUCACGGCCUUCUUUUUCGACGUGUCCUGGCAGGCCGGAGCCAGCGGGCAGUGCAUCUUCAAGGAGUGGGUCAUGGAGGUGUACCAAACCUCCCCAGAUCCCGAAGAUUGGGCCUUCGCGCCGCUGCCCUCGCUCCAAGACCCUCCGGGCGUCUGG